GAGUGUUGCGAUGUGCGCAAAGCCAGCGCUGGUGGUUUUUCGUCGGUAAAUAAAUUUACCCCAUAGUACACUGAGCUGGCUCAGUAGGGUUGAGAAGAAGGGGAAAGUUGGAGAGAAUCAAAGAUGGAUGUUGUGGGUUGCUCCUCUAGUUGUAUACUUGAGGUCAAAUGACAACACAAAAAGAAGACAGCUAAAUGCUGCAUACGUGUGUAAUGGUAUCAUAGAUGAUUAUCUCUUGGGUAUGUGCUCUUUCUGCCUUGUUUAGCAUCCAUGCAUAAUUUACCUGGUUUCAUCAAGGAUUUACAGUAUUCACCAAUGGAUCUUCAGUAAUGGCAUAGUAAACAUAAUGAGCAGAAAGAACAUGGGCUCUGUGGAAUUGGUUUGCAAACUAGUAAAAUAAUAAUGGCUUCACCUUUCAUUAUUUCCGGGUUUAUUCCUUGAUAUAACCCACAAGGAGACAUCCACAAUAAAUAUUCUGGAGUGAGAAGGGUGGAUAUAUAUAUAUAUCAAAAAUGGGAGACAUUACAAGUGAUGUUUGAUGUAUGAAUUGAUUAGGAACCUAAUAAGCAACAGAACACAUUAUAUGCAAUAACAGGAAAUGACUGGAAAUGGUAAGAUACAAUAUUACUGGUGUUGAAAGAUUCAUUCUACUUGGCUUCUCCCAUCUCCCUCAACUUCGAUUCAGUCUAAUCUGUGUGUUUAUCUUUCUCUACACCUGCACAUUACUGGGGAACAGCCUCAUAAUCCUGCUCAUCAUAAAAGACCAUCGGCUUCACACCCCAAUGUAUUUCUUCUUGGCAAACCUCUCCGUAUUAGACCUGUUGUCUCCAUCAGUCACUGUGCCUAAAAUGAUCAAGGAUCUUGUUUGUGGGAGAGGAAAUAUAUCUUUCCAUGGCUGCUUCAUUCAAAUCUUUUUCUUAAUAACAUUUGCAGGGUCUGAAUGCCCUCUUCUCUCUGUUAUGGCUUUUGAUCGUUAUGUUGCCAUUUGUAACCCUCUCCAUUACAGAAUCAUAAUGAGCAACAAGAUGUGCUCCUGGCUCACAGGAGGAAUAUGGAUUUUGGGGAGUUUCUAUUCUCUCUUGCACACAUUGCUGACCAAAAACAUACAUUUCUGUGGUCCUUUCCUGAUCAAUCAUGUUUUCUGUGAUGUUCUCCCCCUUUUCCAGCUGGCAUGCUCAGACAUUACUCUAAACUUAGCUUUACUGUACCUAUCAGCAUUUUUUAACGGGAUGUGCAAUUUUUCUAUUAUUCUAAGUUCCUACAGUAGUAUUGUUACUGCAAUAGCAAGAAUAAAGUCUAAAGAAGGAAGGAUGAAAGCAUUUUCAACAUGUUCUUCACACCUCAUGGUGGUCUCUGUUUUCUAUGGGACAGUCAUGGCAACUUAUUUUAGCCCAGUGAGUAGUUACUCAGAGUCCAGAGACAGAGCAGCUGCUGUUAUCUACACCUCAGUCACCCCAGCGCUAAAUCCCAUAAUAUACAGUUUUCGUAAUAAUAAUGUAAAGAAGGCACUAAAGAAACUGUUCAGAAAGUGAGCAACAAGCAUGUAUUUAAUGUACUGAUUGGGAACUGUCUAAUCUAUAGAUUACAGAAUACUGUAUUUACUUACUAACAACAACAACCAUUAACAACAAUAAUUUUAUGAAUGAUUAAAAAGAAGGGAAUGUUGGUUCCUUGCUACUUUCCAGAAGUUCACUUCCUAGAGAGGAGGAGGUGUAAAUUUCUCAGAGAUUCACUUUAAUAAAAGAAAAAUAUAGUAAUCCCCUCUCUCCAAUCAUUUUAUAUUAUAUCAUAUUAUAUAAUGUUUUAUUUAUAUAUUUAAUUGUAAGUUUAGGAAAUCUAAAUGUGGUUUGACUUAUUACAUAACUUGGCCUUAAUGGAGGGUCACUUUAACCUUUAGACUCUUGGGUAAGAAAUCAAUUUGUAUUCAAGAUUCAAAUAAUUUAAAUCUUAACUCAUUUGCUUUUGUUACUAAAAAAGAAUAUCAAUCUAUUGCUGAUAAGUAGGGAUGUAGCGAACUGCCGAUUUGGUGUUCGCGAACGCCGUUCGCGAACACCGGCAAA